GCUCCCGCCGCCCCUGCCCGGCCCGGAGCCGGGAGGCUGCCGGAGCGCUGCCCGGGCGCGCCGGGGAGGGAAGGCAGCGCGACGCUCGGCUGCCUGGAUGACAGCGCCGGCGACAAAAGCAGGCGAGUGAAUGGCAAGGCUGGCAGAGAGAAGCCGAGGUGUCUCCGAAGCCAAGAUGCCAGUGACUGUCGGCGAAGUGUGCUGAGGGAGAGACCCGUGCGUGCCCGCGUUCCCAGAGCCAGCCGGGGAGUGGAUGUUUUAACCACGAUUUCAAACAGCAGCAGGAGCAGCAGCAGCAGCAGCAAGUAGCAGUUGCAGCAGCAGCAACAACAACAACAACAGAUUGCUCCCCCCGUCGUGCUCCCUCCCUUUCGACCCCGCUUUAAACCCAAGCAAGUGACCGGCCGUCCAGACGAUGAUGCUCUUGCUGAGCCACUGACAAAGAAAAGGGAAGUCACCCAUUCCUGAACCCGGGACAACUGGCUUCUUGCAAGUGGGAGACGUCAGGCUGUUGAACUUUUCUGUCCUGUGAUGAUGCUGUAGUGAGCUUGCUGAUCUGAAAGCCAUCUCUUCUGGAUUUCUGAGCGGGCCAGAUUGAAAGAGAUUAAUGGACUGAUCAGCCAUCAGGUCUCUUCAGGGGGGAUACAUCCCUUCAGCCCCUGUCGCCCGGGUGCUCGCGGUGAGGGGAGCAGGACAUCUUUGUGUAGGUGGGUCACUGGUGGAAGGCUGUGUUUCUCCUCACUAGGUCUCCUCUGCAGAGAAGAGGCAGAUGAGACCCCAAGACUGCCUCGAGGGCAGAACUUUGUAGUGCUCUCAGCAUCCCUCUGCAGCGUGGAUGUGAGCCACGGGAGUUGGGGAUGUUUGAGGCAGUCUCUGCCAAGUGACACCUAGCAGCUGCUUCGGAGGUUUGUGCGUGGUCUCACCCCCAACGGCUUUGCCUGUUGUGAAGAUGUCCAUGGUGUUUCUGUGAAGCUGAGGCAUGGCUGCUGGAAGGUUACUGCUCUAUGCUGGCCUCUCUUUAGCUCUGUGUGCCCUUGGCAUGCUGGCUGUGGCAAUCUGCUCUGACCAUUGGUACGAAACUGAUGCCAGGAAGCACAGAGAGAGGUGCAAGAGCAUCACCACUAAGAGAAAUGAUCCUGGCUUCAUUUACAACUCCAACAACAACCUGCCUCUCAGGGCCAGCAGGUCUAGGUUGGACCGCUGGGAAGGGAAACUCCUCUUGGCAAGAAACAGGAGGCAGAUCUUUGCUAUGAGCGCAGUCGAUGAGUGCAACAGACAGUACAACUCCACCAAUAUGGGGCUCUGGAGGAAAUGCCACCGACAAGGAUUCGACCAAGAGCUGGAGGAGCUGAUUGCCAAAGGAGCAAUUGAGCGGUGCUCGUACAUCAAGUACCACUACUCCUCAGCCACCAUCCCCAAGAACCUUACCUACAACAUCACCAAGACAAUCCGCCAGGAUGAGUGGCACGCCUUGCAUCUGCGCAGGAUGACAGCUGGCUUCAUGGGCAUGGCUGUGGCCAUCAUCCUCUUUGGAUGGAUUAUCGGCGUGCUGGGGUGCUGUUGGGAUCGAGGCCUUAUGCAGUAUGUGGCAGGGCUUCUCUUCCUCAUGGGAGGAACCUUCUGCAUCAUUUCACUGUGCACGUGCGUGGCUGGAAUCAACUUUGAGCUCUCCCGCUACCCCCGCUACCUGUACGGACUUCCCGACGACAUCAGCCAUGGCUAUGGCUGGUCCAUGUUCUGUGCGUGGGGGGGCCUGGGCCUCACUCUGAUCUCUGGCUUCUUCUGCACUCUGGCCCCUUCUGUCCAACCUGUCCCCAGGACCAACUGCCCCAAAUCUAGACCUGAGAAUGGGACAGUGUGCUAAAACAAAUAGCAAACAAGUACACACACACAGACAUAUAUAUAUAUAUGCCUAUGUAUGCCUAUACAUGCAUAUAUAUGUAUAUAUAAUUAUAUAUAUAUAAAAUCUCAAAUUAAUGCCAGUGCCAAGGUAGAGCUGAGUCCAACAUGGCACUCACAUCUCCACUGGACUCUGUGUUGCUUCAUUCUUUCUCACAGCGAUGGGAAAGCUUUUCUCUCACGUGGCUCUUCCAUCCAACUCUUAACUUCAGCAUCAUACCUUAGAGGUCAAAUGAACCUACAGUUGCAUCUACCUACUGCCAUUUGGGAGGGGGAACAGGGGAUCCAUGUGGGGAAUCUGGAACCAGAAUCUGUACAGGACAUGGUGGGGGCAGAGGCAUGGGGGGGAUGACACAAAAAGCAUGUCCACUGCAGCCAGAAGGGAAAAUGCAAACAGAAAGCAAAGGAACAAAUGAAGCAUUUGAGCCACUUCAGCAACGUACCUCCUCAAGGCUAUUAUGAGAAACCCAUCCACUUUCUUUUUCUUUCUAAAACAAAAUUACAGGAGCUUGUCCUGUCAUUGGUUUUGGGGUUUUGGUUUUUUUUUUUUUUUCUCCUUAAAACGCAGAAAACAAAAUGGACAGAAUGUGUGAGGAAAAGUAGAAAAGCAUUUUCUCUUUGCCUGCCAAACUUUAGAGAGAUGCAAACAAGUGAAAAUAAUGAUAAUAAUUAAUAUUAAUAAAAUACAUCUAAGAAAAUAAAACCAGAAAACAAUAAAAAACUCCAAGAGGACAUCUCAGCGGACUUUCCAACAAUGCGGUUUUAAUCUUCCAGCUGCCUUACAUCCAGGCUUACAACCAAGGCUGAACUGCUAAUGUAAAUGCAGCAGAAGGCCUUUUGAAAAUGCUGUGAUACAUGUGUGUAUAACUUUUUCUUCCCUCUUACUUUAUUUAUUUUUUUUAACAAAAAAGAAAAAUUUAAAACAUUGCAAUGUGAUUGUCCACUGAACCAUCCAUGCUGUGUUUGUGGCCCAAGACUGAGGCACCGCAACGGCAGAAGUGGGAGGAAAGCCGUCAGGUCGGAGACAGCGCAUCUUCUCUGGUGGAUUUCAAGAGGUUGUUUUUUUUUUCACGGAGCUUCGGGAUGGUGGAUCCAGGGGAAGACUGGCCAAGGAGAAGGGAGGUGGGGGGAGGCCUGGUAGUUGUUCUUCCCAGGGAUUUGCUGGAAUGGGAUUUCAUGAAGUUUCUGCUUUGGAUGUUUGAGACAACUGGGCAAAAGCCAUUGUGGAGGAGGGAAAGGGAGCUAAUUUCUGUAAGAGAGAAGUAAGAGAUGCCUCUCAUUUUGUUCAUGUAUGCCAAAUAAGACCUUCCCACAUCUUGUCUUUGGAAACUGCCUGGUUCACUGGACAUUUCUCUCCAUCUGGGAGAACUGUGUACAGAUGGAUGUGAAAGGGUCAGAUGCAGAGAACAGAGAUCCAUUUCCCAUGAGCUUAAGCAUUGUAUGAUAUAACUGUGAAUCUGCAAAUGGAACUCUCUCUCUUUUUUUGGUCUUUCUCUUUUUCCUGCUACUCCUCUUCCUAUUGUCUCCUUUUUCCUUCCCUCUGCUCUUCCCAUCGUUCAGGUCAUAGGUCCCAGAAGAGCUAAAGGAACAGCUAAGUCUGGAGAGGUGGGUGAGUGCCGUAAGAGGAAGCAAAGCAUUUUGGCUGUGAGGACAAUGGGUCCUUGCAGGGUACCAGUGGCUGAGGGAAAGGUGGGGAAGAAGGGCCAAGGAUGUAGCCAAAGGGCCUCUGAAGAAGGAUAACUGAAUUGCCAUAUAUAGGAGUGAGGGCACCACUGACAAAUAUGCAGGCAAAGGGAGACAGGGCAAAGAAAAAAGGUCUCCCCAAAACCAAUCCAACCCAACAUGCUCUUAAUUCAGGGAAAGUACCAGCAAUCCUUUCUUAUGUGAUAGCUGCAUGGUAUCAGUCCUCAUAAGUCAAUAAAAAGUCAUAUUCUCCAUCUAAAAAAAUCUCACCAGGAGGAGGAGCCUGUGCCUGCUGCACAGAAAUGCAGGCAUUAAUUUCCAGGUCAUGCCAUUUACACAGCUGGUGAAAAACAGUAUUGCUUGGUUUAAAAACAUCCAGCUAACAAAUAAUUCUUACACAUGUAGCUUUAUUAACAGUGCUCAAAGAAAUGAAGUUUCUGGAGGGCAUGUUGGAGUAGGGUAGAUUUGGGUUUCUUCCAUUCUUGCUCAACUACCUAGCUUUUGCUUUCUGUUGUCUACAGAUUCCCCAAACAUGCCAAUGCCAGCUGCUAAGUCAGUGUGUUGCCACUGAAGUGCCAUUCCUGUCAACUGAAGUUUCACAAUUUCAUUUUCCAUUAGAUGUGACCAGAGAAAUUACUUACUUAUUCGAGUUGAAAAUACAAGCCUUUUGAAGAAACUUCCUUUUAAAGCAGAUUGUUUUAUUUAUUUUUUUCUGGGAAGGUUCUCAAAUAGAGUGGUUUUGAAAAGUUUUGAAAUCAUUUGACUGCAAGUGCCUACUUGGUAAGGAGGUUGAUGAAUUACCAUUGAACAGAAGAAGGAAAUUUAAAACAAAAACAGCCUUGGAAAGCUAAAUGAAACCUGAAUGCAGAAAACCAAUAACUGGAAACCAAAAAAGACCUAUAAAAAUUGUCCAUUUCUUCAAAGCAUGAAAAAUUUUGAAAGAAACAACUUCUCGGUAAGAAAUUAUUAGGAAAAUUACAGCUGUUUCAUUAAAACAGCUUUGAAUGCAAACUUUCUUCCUCCUCUGCAGUGCAGAAUGCGAUAGGAAAGGUGUUUCAUGUGAAUACAGAUAUCUGGAGUGACACAGGUAAACCAGAUUCUCAGAGGUACCUAUCUGGAGUCCACUAUCAGGCCCUGUGGCAGGCAAAGCAGUACAGCAGCUCCUGCGAUGAUGUGUGUGGUCCAUGAGUGUUCACAGGGCGUAUUCUUCUACAGAUACAGUUUUGAAAGAGGUGCAGCAGGAAGAUUUAAAGAAAUGGAAGUAAUUUUGCUGUUUGAUGGAUUUUCAAAGGUUUCCUUUUUUUCUGCAGCUGGCAUAAAAACAGUUUUGCCUUGAUGAAGUAUUCUCUGAUGGUGUUGGUUUACAAGCUGUAUAUAAGCCUGUGUGUCCGUCUGUGUGUGGCAGUGGUGAAGAGGGUUAUGAUUACUUUUAUUUACAACAGAAAAGUGUUGACCCUGAAUCUUUGGGCCAGUUCUGUGAUUUCCAUUUGCUCUAGCAUAGAGUCUGUAAGGCCUGUGUGGCUGUGGAGCAUCUUAAAAGCUAUGGGAAUGUCUGAAGCAGCAGGUGAUCAUAUCACCUUAAUCUCCAACUGGACCCCCAAAAGGACCAUUUGUCCAAACACCAGUUCUCUCAUCAUUGCUUUAAGUAAGGGCAGAACCCUUUUGGGAGAUUGUGAUCUUCCCUCUGUGCUUCUCAAAGAACUGGGAGGAGUCCUAUGUGCUUCCAUACCCCUGAAUAGGGGUCUCAGCCCCACCACGCCUUCUGUCGGCUCAGACUUGUCUUUAGAGCAGGGUUGAUCCAGAAUACAUCCAGAUCCAAAUUUGUGAUGCUUAGUGAGCUGAAGCACACUCACAACUACUCUGAGUUUCUGCAUUUCAGGGAGGCUUUGAAGUAUCUUUCUGAACAGAAAUGGAAGCUUUUUGACUAGUGCGUGGUUUCUUAGUUGGAGGAGCACCUAAUUAGAAAUCUGUUAUCAGUGAUCCCAGCAUCAUGGGGCUUGACCCUUUCCCUCAGAACUUCUCUGGCCAAGUGCCUAAGCAUGUGCUUUACUUGGAGCAUGUGACUAAUCCCCUUAACUUUGGUUGACUACUCAUAUGCUUAAAGUCAAGAAUGUGCUUUCCUGGAUGACAUUCAGCUUCCUGCAGAGUCCAGCCCACGCUCUUCUUUUCCCAUCAUUCCCUUGUAGCUCAGGUGACACUCUGUCCUAGCCUGAGCAACCAGUAUGUUCUUGGUCUCCCUUUCUGUGAGGUGGAAAUACAGGAUCCAUAUUUGGCAGGCUCUUCCCCACAUGUAGCCUUUCAUGUUGCACUUCUGGGACAACACAUCUCUAUGCUCCAGAGACCACAGAGCCACUGGAGUGCAGUGAACACAGAUAUCCUAAAAUGCCCAUCCUAAGGAUGCAGGAUGAAUUGGCUCAAGCCACUGUGAUCUGCAGGCUGAUGUUUUGUGUGUAGUGACUCCAUUGUGUUGCCCUGUGACUGUAACGAGUUAGCUACAGGGGUUCUGCUGUCUGUCCCUGCUGGGACACUACAUGUGAAGGGGCUGUGUGGCAGGAGCACAUGUGCCCUGUAUCCUAUGUACCCUAUAGACACCUCCUUCCUCAAGCUAAAGCUGUUUGUAUGUUAAAUUUCCUGACCCAUAUUAGCCACCUGUAUAUAUCAUCUAUCCCUUCUUGCUCUCUGCAAACACACAACUUAUCUUUCCUCAUUUAAAUACUACAAUCCCUCCAGUUCUUCUUCUAGUUGGGCUUUUUUUUUCCUUCUACCCCAGUUGCAAGUGGAUCACAAACCACCAGUGACCAGAGAAAUUUCUUUGAAAUAUUGCUUUUGAAAAAUUGUCAUUACUUUUUAAAAUGUUAUUCCAGCUGCAAUAACAAAUGAAAGGGGAGAAAAGCAUCCUCAGAGUCCUCUAAAGAGAGGAUCCUCAUCCUUCCCAGAGUGAAUUGUGAGAGUGCAGGUAUUCCGCUUUCCGGUGCAUGCAAUUCAUUUGGGACCAUUUUUAUCUAUGGCACAUUAGCUGUGCAGUUCAUUGGAUGGUGAAUAAAGCAAAGUUGGUGAAGGAGAGGAUUGAUGUGCAGGGGGGAUCUCAGGUUCCCAAGCAUUCCUGGAAGACUGUGUCUCCACGGCUGUCCAUUUACCCACCAUGCAGCACCUCCAAAUCAGGCUCCUCCCUGGAGCCCCACUGAUAAGCAGAGCUCAGAAGAAAAUCACUGUAAUCUGUCCUUAAUUCUUGAGUGCCACACUAACUGCCAGCAGCAAAAUGGAGGGAAAAGAAUAUGUUACCAAGUAUAGCUUAAAUAAAGACAUGCAUUAUUCAGGCCCUUUCUUCUGUGUGUCUCUACAUAGGCCUACAAGGGCUACAGGAGUGCUCAGGCACAUUCACAAGAACCAACACUGCAUUUCCUUGCUCCCAGGUUUCCCACUCCUUCGUGGUCCACGCUGCUGUGCUCAUCCAGCCAGCAAGGGAAGACUCAAGGUGAAAAACUGAGACAGCUCUGAAUGUUUGCCAGGUACCAAAAGAGUAAAAAAUGGGCAUGAAACACAAACAGCAUGCAAAGAUUAGUGACAGAUGAAUUUCCAAGGUCAGGAACCAAAGUUCAAAAAAGCCUAAACUUUGAUUGCAAACUCCAGGCCAGAUCCAUAAAAUCUUGAUUCUGCCAGUCUAAGGUGAAAACUCAAAAACCAGGGCUUAGCUCAAAACUUACAGUCCCACUGUUUCCAGUUACAGCCAGGAAUAUAAUGCAACUAUUCCAUAGUCUGUUGAGGUUCAUAGAAAGCUCAGGUGCCUUAGAAAAUAUUUUAGUGCUGUCUUGGUUAACACUGAAAAUGAAAUGUGUGCUUGCACACUCACAGUAUCUCUUCUUUGGCUUUAGAAAGAAAGUCAUCAGAUGCUACCUCCCCUCCCUCCCUUUCAGCCCCCAACUCUGAUUUCAGGUUUCCAUCCUGUCUGCCCCACUACACCCCAAUCCUACAGCCUUCUUCAGAGCCUUAGUUAUAGAUUGCAACCUUUUUACAACAAAUGCUGCUGGUGCCCGGGGGCUCUGACAAGCUCCUUGUUGACAUUAGUGGGAGAACUGGAGCCUGGUACUGUGCUGUCAAUUGAAUUGCAGUACGCCUUGCACAUGUUUAGGAUUUAGCUUGGAGAAAGAGUCUGGAUGACUGCCUCAGUAUAGGCUGCAACAGGGAAAUGAAAUGCUGGUCACCUCUAGUAAAGCACUCCAGAAUCACAGAUCAAUUGUCCUUCCCUUGCUCAGGGAAGACUUUCAGUGAAAAUAUCAGUCUCAGAUAGGUUAUCUCCAGGGGAAAGUGGGGGAGUGAAAAAAAGGAGACCCAACAGCAGUUGCUAUAGGUCAAAAUUGGUAGAAUUCUGUGAGGAUAAUCCAAUGUCACCCACAGCAUCAUCAGCAGGAAUUGUCAGUCCCUUGUGGGACUGCACUUUUAUAUUUUUCCUUCACUGAUUUAACACUCCUGCACAGUGGCAAAAACUGACUUCAAAAGUUUUCUUGCAUACAGUGUGUUCACAUGGGCACCCUCAUGCCCUUCUUUCCUUAAACACACACAUGUGCACAUUCCACAAGAUGUGGAUGCCAGGAACCUUUAAAAGUGUCCUACAUAGAGAGAAAAUACAUAGCAAAAUGCAGCAUAAUUGUUUUCCAUUCUUUUAUACUCAACUCAGGAGUCGCAAUGCAAUUCAGAUGCCAUCUGUGUCUGUGUUAGGUUGUGCGUGCAGAUCACAUGGAAACUCUCUGCUGAAGAUGCAUGAGGAAGCACAGUACAACUGGGGUAAAUUUGGUAUUUUCCAUCAAAAAGUAUUUGGAUAUUUAAGGAAGAGUUGCCAAUGUAUCCCCUCCAAAGCAGAAAUGUUUAUGAUCUCUUAGUGUAACAAUCCCACUGUGCCAAGAGGCAGUGCUAUGGCAGGACACCCUGAGUCUACAGAGGGUUUGUGUGGGCUGUCAGCAGCAUGAAGACUGCAGUUAAAGCUGCUGGGCACAGCAGGGAGCUUCACAUCCCGUGGAUCUGAGCCCUACCUCUGGCAGCAGGACACAGGAAUACCUCUGUAAAGGCAAUUCCUUCAAGUGGCCUUGUUACUAUGCUGGCAGGUCAGAAAUACCCAAGCAGUAACAGUGAUUCUGCAGUAGGUGAAAUAAAGAAUAAUGUCUUCAAAAACCUGAGGAUUUUGCCCCAGUUUCAAAAUGAUGUAGACUCCAAGGAGUGUGAAUCAGUCAUGUCUUAGUCUCAUGGGGCCAGAUACACAAAACAGCCUCAGCAUCCAAUUCUUCCUUAGAUGGUGAAUAAAACACUAAAUACCUUUGGUGCCUACAUAUUUUUUUUAAAAAAACAUAUAUGCUCCUAAUUUGCUUAAGCUCUUGUGAUGUUUUAUCUCAAGAAGAGUUUUCUUCUGGCAGUAGAGCAUAAGGCUGUAUUUUUUUUACAGAGUUAUUAACAAUAUAGAUCAUAAGAAAAAUGUUUGAGUAAUCAAAACAACAAAAGUGCAGCCUUAGACUAUUCAGUUAGAGCAUACUGAAUUAUUUAUAACUCCUGGGCACCAACAGCAAUCACAGAUAUCUAAUUUAAACUGUUACUAUUUUUACUUUGCAAUUUCCAUCACUUAGAGUGUUUAUAUCUAUGUAUUUGUGGUUUGAUCUUUUGCAGGACAAAAUUUCCCCUACUUACACAGAAAAGCAUAUUUGGGAACUUUUGAAGGUAUUUUUCUGCAUUAACUUAAAUUAUUUUAGAGCAUUUUGAGGCUUAGUAUGACAGACUUUACAACUUUGGAAACUGUAAACUGUACCUAAAGUGGGCUUGAACUUUCAGUUCAUUCUCAAGUAAAAUUCUCUUUGAUUAGAGGUCAUUGGAAUCAAGGAGAAAUGUGCUUCAUUAGCAGAUAUAAGACUGGGUCCUAUUUAUGUGUAUGUGUGAUGAGGGGACUUAGGUAAGGGGGCUGCACUUACAUGUCAGCCCACUUAAGGAUCUUUUGCAUAGAUGCAGGAAAAGUCACUGCUAAGUCACUCUAACUUUCUACCAAUCUCCUUUUGUAAAAAACAACCAUUAUACUUGUGUGUGGCUGGAAUAAAUCAGUAGUAAAUGUAGCCCAUGGGCUGACACACAUAUACUUGUAAAUAUGUGUAUAUUUGUAUAUAUAUUUGUAAAUUUAUGAAAAAUGUCCAUAUCUUCAUGAUUGCCUGAAAUAACCUGAGGUUGAUGUACAGAAUUUCAGGCAAAGGACUGUUUCUUUUUCACAAUCCUCACAUAUCUCAGAUUUAAACCAAAACAAAUGAAAAAGUACUAUUUCCCAGGAAAAUCCUAAUUUUGCCAUUGCACCAGUUGAGGAGGGGUACCACACUAAAGUCGGCAGCAUGCACAUCCACACAUGUACAUCCAGUCAAAGGACUGGGUCUCAAGGGCUUUUUUAAGGAAAAGGAAUAGACUGAAAAAGCGAUGGUAGAAUUCUGUUCAGCAUUAGCUCUCUCAAUUGAUUCUCUUGUCCUUUAUUGGGAGGCCCUUGUAUGGAUGCUGUUGUUCUCAUUAGGUGUACAUUUGGGAGAAGCACUUUUGUGGGUGACACUGAGCUGCCCAAAGGCCGGGAUCUUCUGACCUGCCUUUGUCCCCAUUAACCUUCGGCACUUAACUGAGGUCAUUAUGUUAAUGGGCUCAUCUCCCUUGGCUUCUUGUACAGGCAGUGAAGAGAGACAGUUGCUUACAGGUGGUGACCCAGCAAAAUUGACAUCUAAGUCACCUUUAGGAGCUCCUUCUUGCUUCAUGGAGUGACCACUCACCUAUCUUGGGUGAUCACAAGAUCUUAAAAGAUCUUAAAUCCUGGUGAGGUGAAUCAGGUACCUAGUGCAGAAGAGCAUCCAUAUGGAGAUCAGCUGUGUCUGUGUGCUUUGGGUGCGUGUCCUGGGCUCACCUGUAAAACAGAGGUGUUCAUUGUGAAAGCCUGUUGGAACAAAAAGAGAUGUUCACAAUAGCCUAUCCCUGCCAAAAUGCAACAUGACUGCAAAGGAUAGGGCUUGUCCCAACCCCUGGAAAUAGCAUUUGAGGUGAGUGCCUUGUGGUGGCCUCCAGGCACGGACGACUGGGUGGUCCCAGUGCUGGAGGUCAGAGGUCUUUGGUCUGAACUCUUCACCUUUCUCCGCCAGUCCUGGGCAUUGCUGAAGCAGUUCAAAGAGUGAAUUUACAUCUUAUGAGUUUGAGCAGCUGAGCUGUUCAAAGGUUACUUUUCUUGCUUUAUCCCUGAAAAAGUCAUCUAGCUGGUAGUGAUAAUCAAAAAAUUCUCCUUCAAGAUACAGUCUGGGUAGUUUCAUAUUCUUUUUUUCAAUGUUAAUAACUGCUUUACAAACAGCUUACAUGGAGAUUAAAGAGAUUGCAAUUUCAUCCCUUAUUGUUGGGAUUAUAGUUGUCCUCAGAAAAACCAAACUGAGGACUCAACAAGAGGAUGAACUGUGGCUGUAUUAUUCAGAAAGCUGCUCUGAUAAGGCUGAACGUACAUCUCCAUCUCAUGAUGAGAGUCUCUCAGAGCCAAAAUUUGGAAUUGUAUAUUGAUAGUGAGUCUAUCCAGAAGGACCAGCAAUUUAAUCCAGUAUUAGAACUUUGGAACUCUUGUGUAGUCCCAUAUAUUACCUGAAUAAAACAAACACAGAGGAGUGGGAAAAUUAAACUGAUUUCUGAAAACUCUAAGGUUUAAUGAACUUUGGAUCUUGUACCAAUGUAUGGUCACUACUAUUUGUUUCUACAACUAGAUUUAAGUCAGUGAUUUGACAAUCUUCACCAAUCUCUCAGAAUAACUUUAUUUUUAAAAAUACUGUUAAGGUUUUGACAAGAGGAACUUUAGCUGACCUGCAGGGACCUGUAAAGUGAAGAUUCAAUCCUGUGUACUAGUACUUAAGGAAAGAUUUUAGCUAGAAAGUGGAAGAUAAAGCUGAGUUCCAGGGAUCAAGUGUUAUUUUUCAGCAUGGUACUACCUUGCCCAAGCUGUAGUGUAUCAUCCUGACAUUCUUCUCCUGUUCUCCCUUUCCCUUUUUUGAGGAGUAAGAUAUAUAUCUCUGUCUCCCUCUCUUCCUUUUCCUCCCUGUGUAUGAGAAUACAGACAUGCUUCCUGUAAAGACAUUUUUCUCUAAAUCUCAUUCCAUACCAGCUCUUGCAUAUGUGACUGUUAUGUUAUUUGAGAUGUCUGUGAAAAAGAAAUAAAGGCUUUAAGAGUGAACUCUGGAAA